CGCAGAGACGAGCCGCGAGUCGGAGUCAGAGCACGGAAGACAACUCGGACUCAGUGUCAGAGCAGCCCUGUUGCAUGAAGCCCGAGUCCUGACUGGGCUCGCAUUCAGUGUCCACUCACAUUCAAGCACUCGCAUUCUUGAUCAUUUGGCGGGUUAAGUCCUAGGGGCAGUCUGGGAGUUCCUAGAGGCAGUCUCGUGCUUGAAGAUUUUCAGCUUGAAGAACUGCAGAUAUGAGCGAAAAGCGAAAGCACCAGGGAAGCGGUGCGCAGGGUGGGGACUCCAAGAAGAAGAAGAAGGGACAGUACUUUGCACCCAAAGGUGGGAGGCCUGGGAAGGACAUCCCUUUGGGGGUGCAGGGCUUCCUGCUUUCGUGCACCCAGGGCCGAGAAUGGCAGGCGGGCAAGGAGAUAGUCAAUGUCCUGGAGGAGGCCUGGGAGGAGCUCACAGGAAAGACCAGUGAGAGGAAAGGGAAGCCUGCUGAGGGUGCAGCUGAGGGUGGUGGCGGCGUUGAGGCGAUGCUGGAAGAAGAGCUGGGGGAGCUGCGCGACACAUCCAAGGCUCGUUUCUGGCGGAUCGACACAGGCUGCAAGUGCUUGACUUUCAUCAAGUGGACCCCUGAGGAGGGGGAUCCCUCCCCCGGCCAGAUCGUGCUCCACAUCCUAGAGGCGGCCCAGAAAACCAAAGUCACCAAGACGAGAAACUGCUCGCGAAUCUUUCCUGUGGAAGUAACGGCAUACGCUUCGCUAGACAAGAUCAAGGCGGCGGUGGCUCCCCUGAUAGAGAGAGAGCUUCCCGAAGGAGAAGACGAGCCGACUUUCACAUUCGGCAUCCAGUACGAGUACCGGGCGAACGACAGCCUGGAUCGGAAGGAGGUGAUUGACGGCAUCGCGAGCAUGGUGCCCAAGCGGCACAAAGUGGACCUGAACAAGGCGGACAAGACCAUCCUGGUGCAGAUCAUCAAGACAACGUGCACGCUGAGCGUAUUGCCUCGGUUUCGAGCCCUUGCGCGAUACAAUCUACAAACGCUGACCGAUCCGAAGCAGGGCGGAGACAAGGGCACUCAGGAUGCGAAGCCUAAUCCGAGCGCAGGUGAAGAAUCAAAGAAAGGAGAAACAGGCAAGCAGGAUGCGAAGCCCAAUCCGAGCGCAGGUGAAGAAUCAAAGAGAGAAGAAACAGGCAAGGAAACCCCUUUGUUAGGGGAGACCUAAGCUAUUGAGCGGCACAGUGCAUGCGUCUCGCAACCAGCGGCAAUGGAUACUCGUGCAUCUGGAACGCCUG